AUGGCGCUUCCAGAUUAUAUGACUGAUAUGAAUGCUGUACUUAAGGACAAAGUGGAAUGGCUUCACGGUACAAUUCCAGAUUAUAGUAAAGCCAAUAACCUGUUCCUUAAAGAACGUACGAAGAUUCACGAAUCCGGCUCCCUUGAAGAUCUCGUCACGAACCUUGUCAAAAACUGGGAAAAGGAGGCAUCUUACAAGCCAAAGGCUACCGAUUGGCGUACAAUUGACCACAAACUUUACAAAUUCUCCACAAACGGCGGCGCAUGGUCCACAGCAGAAGACAUGAUCAAAAUCGGUACCUAUAAUGCUCUCAUCGGUGAGUCAGAAUAUUAUGCGGCAAGUAGGAUCAUGGAUUCUGUGGAUUCUCAUAAAGUUUUUCGCAGUUGUCUUCGUUCAGGAUUCGCUUGGGAAUGUUUAGAAGUGUAUUCUGGUCCUCCACGCGUUAGUUUUAAGUGGCGUCAUUGGGGCACGAUGAGCGGCAAACUACGAUGCCCCAUGCGCAACGGUUCAGAGCUCAUAGCGGAACCAACAAACGAAAUAGUGGAACUUUUUGGGGUUACAGUGGCUACGAUUAAUGAGAAAUUUCAGAUUCUGCAGUUAGAAACGUUUUUUAAUCCGAAUGAUUUGUUUUCGCAAAUGGUUAAAAAUUGUCCUGUCACUGGAGUCGCCACAAAAUAA